UUCUCUGAAGCUCAGAGAGAAACUCAGGAGCAGAGCGUGUGAUAGAGGAAGGAGCUGAAAUCUCUGCGGUGCAGAGAGGGAAAGCUGCUUUCUUCGCGAAAAAAAAACUUCACCCGCACAUCUUUUUUUUUUCUUGAUAAAGGGACUUACAAUACUGGACUGCAGCAGGGAGACGCUCAGCUGUAGCUAAUGUUUGUCAUAAUAUAUUUUGUAGCGUUUGCUGUUUUGCAAGGAGGAAAAGAGAUCUGAACUUCGUACUUUUGCAGAGGUGCUCAAAUAAGAUUACUUACUUACAGCCUCUAGUUUGUACAGCCUCUAGUUUGCACAGUAUAGCCUAGCGAUUAUUGUAGCAGCUGACAAAAACAUAAUCUUGAUGACUGCUGUGCAUUAGUGAAACAAAUUUGACUUUUCUCGUUUCGUUUACUCCAAAGAAGAGAGUCGCAUGUUAUAGAAGUCGAGUUUUGCAGCAGUGGACGGAGUAGUUAGUAUACUGCCCCUUGCAUGAAAACAAGAGAUACGGAAAAAAAGUGAGUUUUGCAGCGUUGGCAAGAAUAGCAGCCUAGUUACUCAGAUAAAGAAACUAUGGCUGGAGAGCUGAGCAUGGGAACAGAGCUCCCCGCCAUCCCGCUGGAACUGGAAUACGUCAAUGACUUUGAUCUGAUGAAGUUCGAUGUGAAGAAAGAGGCUCUGGCCGGGUUGGAUCGCGCCUCCAUCCGGCACUGCAACCGGCUCCAGCCGCCUGGUUCGGUGUCUUCUACUCCGAUCAGCACGCCGUGCAGUUCGGUGCCUUCCUCGCCCAGUUUCAGCCCGACAGAGCAGAAGAGCCACUUGGAAGAGCUCUACUGGCUGCCUAGCGGCGGCUACCACCAGCAAAUGAACCCAGAGGCGCUGAAUCUGACCCCGGAGGACGCGGUGGAAGCCCUGAUAGGUGCCACAGCACACGGCCACCCUCCGCCUCCACACGUUCAGCAGCAGCUCCAGCAAGGCGGCUUCGACGGCUACAGAGCAGCCCACCACCACCACAGCCACGUUCACGGCCAGCAGCACCAUCACCAGUACCCUGGUGUCCCCCACCAUCACGAUGAGCUCGCAGGACACCAUCAUCCGCACGGCCAGCACCAUCACCACCACAGCCAAGAUCUCGACUGCCCAUCCCCUACCUCGCCGGAGUCUCAUCAGGAGCUUCACCACCGCCACCACCACCACCAGCAGCAGGGUCACCACGGAGGGGGGCUCAACGUGGAGGACCGCUUCUCGGACGACCAGCUGGUGUCCAUGUCAGUGCGGGAGCUCAACCGGCACCUGCGUGGCUUCACCAAGGACGAGGUGAUCCGCCUGAAGCAGAAGCGCCGGACCCUCAAGAACCGGGGCUACGCGCAGUCAUGCCGCUACAAGCGGGUGCAGCAGAAGCACGUCUUGGAGAGCGAGAAGACCCAGCUGGUUAAUCAGGUGGAGCAGCUCAAGCAAGAAAUCAACCGGCUGGCCCGCGAAAGAGACGCGUAUAAACUCAAGUGCGAGAAACUGACAGGCAGUAACGGGUUCCGAGAGGCUGGGUCCACCAGCGAUAACCCGUCAUCUCCAGAGUUCUUCAUGUGAAUCAGCGAGUGAGUCCAGAUAAAAUAAUAAUAAUAACAAUAAUACAUCAUCAUAAUAAUAAGUACAUAAACAAUUAACACAUAAAUACUAUUACUACAAGAAGAGACUAUCAAGAAACAAUAAUCUCAUAUCUAAUCAUCUUCAUCUGAAAACCCAAUUACAAGCGAGCUAGGAGUGGUAGACAGAGGAGGCAAUUUCUUAAAACUUGUGCAACAUCUCGACUUGUAGAUUAGUUGCUUUUACUUAAAUGUAGAGUCAGAUACACUUUUUUUUCCAGAGACGAUUUUAAAAUGCCUGCUCUGAACUUUCUUUCUAUACUAAUUUGCUUACAACUCCCAGACAUAACGUGAAGUGGGACUUAUUUUCUUGCAAGCGUCUUCUGCUACAGGGGAUGCUAGAACAGACAUAUACAAGCGACUGAACACCUGUCUGGACUAAAAGAGAAAACGCUGGAUGCAACAUCUGCAGACAGUACUUGCCUGGAAAAAAGAAAAAAGGAAAACAAAGGAAAGUCGCUCUACGUAAUAAUGCCAACUUUCUUUCCCUGUAUGUGCCCCGCUUGAGAAUUUAGGACUACUGGAUGAGGGUUACAUUUUAUGCAACAUUUUCUUGGUUUCCUGCCUGCUUGGUUAUAUAUAUAUAUAUAUAAAAACAAAAAUCUGCAUUAAAUAUUAAUCCUGCAUGCUGGACAUGUAUGGCAAUAAUUUCUAUUUUGUACCUUUUGUUCUUGUUUAUCUUAAACGCAUGUUGUCGAUCUAAGCUUUUUAUUUGUUGUUUUGUUUUUGGGUUAUAUUAAAAAAAAUGAAAUGAUCACAAAAUAUAAACGUUACUGCUUGAGCAGUUUUCAUUGGAGAGGGUUGGGGGGAGGGGUGAUUUUUAGCUUGUAAAUAUAUGCAAUAUUAAACUGCACAGGAACUUGGUUAGAGGCUGGUUUUAAACUUAUUUGAUUUAGUUUGGGGUUUUUUCAAAGUUAUGGGCAUUUUUUUGUUGCAGUUGCAUUAAAAGACAUCCAACUUUGUAAAUGAAGUGCACUUUUAAUGUUUUGGUUUAUUAUAGUUUCUAUGUCUGCAGUUUUCAUUUUGGUUUUGUUGUGCUGGCCUCCUUAAAGGAAGACAAACAAGGACUACAGCGAUACGGUAACGCGACAAAAGUAACUCUCGCAUGACAGCAAUCAGAAUUACCAAGCUAUACUACAAAUGUAGUAUUGUGGCACUGCUGUUCAAUAAUGUCAUUGCUGGGGGCUUAAGUUAAUGUGUUAACAUACACACAUAAACAGCUAGAAGUAUUCCAGUUACCCGAAAUUGAGAUUAUAGUUUGAGGGAUACUGAUGAAGACAAUAAUUCUAUUUUAUAGAGAUAGUCGCAACUUUAUACAAUCAGAUAUUUUUUGUACAUUUUUAGUAAAUCGUUUAUUUUCAGUAACUGUUCCAGGAAAUGUAUUGGUAUUUUCAAAUUCCACCAAUGUAGUGUCAAUUGAGCCAUCCUUUAUAAAAUAUAUACUGUAAGAAAUGCGAACACUGAUUUAUUUAUAAUACCUGGAGUGAUGUUUUGCACCUGUAAAUGAAAGUGUCUAAAAUACAACAAGAACAACGUGAGAGAGCUGAAUUUCAAUAGAUAUUUGUGAAUAUUUGUAGCAUUCUUCAGACGAGUUAAACAGUUAGAUUUUUAAUCAGGUAUAUUUUACGUUUUCCUUUAUUUUUUUUCUGCCGGUCAGUAAAAAAAAGGAUUCAGGUUUUGCACUUACAAAAAAAUCCCAAAAUGAAAACUGUGUGUGUGUGUGUGUGUGUGCGUGCGUGCGUGCGUGUGUGUGUUUCUGUUUUAAUUUGAAGUUUGUCCUUUUUUGUUUUCAGUGUUUCUGGUUCUGCUGGCCAGAUGCAUACGUUUUUUUUUUAAUUUUUUAAUUUUUAUUAUUAUUAUGUUUUAAAUUAACAGAUAUAGAGUCAGGAUCAUAUGUAAAAGCAUGGUGCUUGCAUUUUAAAAAAAGAUUGUUAAAAAGAAUCAUGCAUUAAAAAAUACAACCUUUGAUUUGUUACUGAUUCAACUGUGUUGAAAUCAAACUUAAAACUGCAGCAGCGGAUUUUUUAUUUUAUUUUGUAUUAUUAUUUCAUGUAUUUUGCAAUGGGGAUCAAUUUUCAAUCCUGUUUAUAUAAAUGAAAAAAGGACUGUAGUAGUUCCAUUCAGGCUGGUUUCUGUUUUGUCUUAUUUUUUGUUGUUUUUGGAAGAAAUGGUUUCCUAUUUUGCUUAUUAAAGUCAUUGAAAUGGCAUUUAUUUUGA